AUGCUUCCUGUGUUUAUUAUUGCCUCCAUGGCUAUUGUAACACUGAGCACCUUGGUGGGGGUCUUCACGAACACACUCAUUAUUGCAGUGAAUCUCAUGGAUAAGGCCAAGGGAAAGAGUCUUGGCUCCUCAGACCUCAUUCUGGUCACACUUGGGGCCUCCAAUGUGUUAUUCCAGUUUACCAUGUUAGCUAAUGAUUUUGUGAGUUUUCUGUACACUGACCUCUAUUUUUCGGAUCAAGUUUACAUUACCUUCACAGUCUUGCUCAUCCUUCCUAUCUACUCCAGCUUCUGGUUCACUGUUUGUCUCUCUGUUUACUACUGUUUGCAAAUUGUAAUAUUCACACAUCCCUUUUUAAUCAGGCUGAAGAUGGGGUUAUCUCAGCUUAUUCCACAGUUGCUAAUUGUCUCUGUUUUCACCUCUGUAACAACUGGCCUCCCAUCUGCAUGGAACGUGUACAGAGAUGCCCAGGAUUUAAACACGUCUACCAACGAGAGCACCGAAAUUUCCGUUCCAAAACUUAAUAUCGUAUAUCUACUUCCCACUAACAUCAUUAGCUGCUCUCUACCUCUGGUCCUUGUUGGGAUUGCUGAUGGACUGAUCAUCAAGUCCCUUGUAGCGCACAGAUACAAGGCAGAUAGAAAUGCAAAAGGAGUGCCCAGUGCUCGAGCAGAAGGACGAGUGCGGGCAGCCAGAACAAUAAGCUGUCUCCUUUUUCUCUACAUGUCUUUCUAUAUAUCGGAAAUCCUUAUGUUUAUAGAUGCCUUCCCCCCAAGUAGCCCCGGAUUCUGUGCCUGUUUGAUGGUUAUAUAUAGUUAUUCUCCGGCACAGUCUAUUGUGCUGAUUCUUGGAAGCCCAAAACUGAAACAGGUGUCUCUCAGUUUACUCCGACGUACAGGAGGAAUGAAUAGAAAAAGAUCUAAAACUACUAAUGUCUUAUUUAUCAAUCCUAUAUUUAAAAAAGAAACCCUUCAAACAACCAAGUGA